GCGGGCCGGGCCGCCCCCUCCGCCCCAGCCCGCGGCGCGUCCGCUCGCCGGAGGAGGCAGGAAGGCGGCGGCCCCACGUCGACGGGAGCGGCCCUAUAAAGGCCGGCUCGGCCGCCCCCGGCUCGGCGCCGCGCGUCCCCGGGAGUGCGCUCGGAGGCCGGGGCCGGGCGGGGCGGGGCGGGCGGACCUCGGAGAGACCGCGGCCGCGGACAGACAUCGGACAGACCUCGGACACACCGCGGCUCGGGACAGACAUCGGACAGACCUCGGCCGCGGACAGACCUCGGACAGACCUCCGCCUGGGACAGACAUCGGACAGACCCCGGACACACCGCGUCCCCGGACAGACCCCGGACAGACCCCGGACAGACCCCGGACACACCGCGUCCCCGGACAGACCCCGGACAGACCCCGGACAGACCCCGGACACACCGCGGCCCCGGACAGACCCUGGACAGACCGCGGCCCCGGACAGACCCCGGACAGACCGCGUCCCCGGACAGACCCCGGACACACCGCGUCCCCGGACAGACCCGGACGACCCCGGACAGACCCCGGACACACCGCGGCCCCGGACGGACCCCGGACAGACCUCGGCCCCGGACAGACCCCGGACACACCGCGGCCCCGGACAGACCCCGGACAGACCUCGUCCCCGGACAGACCCCGGACACACCGCGGCCCCGGACGGACCCCGGACAGACCUCGUCCCCGGACAGGCCCCGGACACACCGCGGCCCCGGACAGGCCCCGGACAGGCCCCGGACAGGCCCCGGACAGGCCCGGGCAGCGCUCCUCCCCGGGCGGGGGCGGCGGGGGCAUGCGCGGCCCGCGGCAUGGCCUCGGCGGUGUUUGAGGGCACGUCGCUGGUGAACAUGUUCGUGCGCGGCUGCUGGGUGAACGGCGUCCGCAGGCUCGUGGUGGGCCGGCGCGGCGACGAGGAGGACUUCUUCGAGAUCCGCACCGAGUGGUCGGACCGCAGCGUCCUGUACCUGCACCGCAGCCUCGCCGACCUGGGCCGCCUGUGGCAGCGCCUCCGCGACGCCUUCCCCGAGGACCGGCCCGAGCUCGCGCGCGCGCCGCUGCGCCAAGGACUGGUUGCCAUAAAGGACGCCCACGAUAUAGAGACCAGGCUUAACGAGGUGGAGAAGUUGCUAAAGACCAUCAUAAGCAUGCCGUGCAAAUAUUCUAGGUCAGAAGUUGUGCUCACCUUCUUUGAACGAUCUCCUUUGGAUCAGGUGUUAAAAAAUGACAACGUACAUAAAAUUCAACCCAGCUUUCAGAGUCCGGUGAAAAUCUCAGAAAUCAUGAGAUCCAACGGAUUUUGCUUAGCAAACACGGAAACCAUCGUUAUCGACCACAGUAUACCAAACGGAAAAGACCAGCACCUGGGUGUGGACCCAACAGAGCAUUUGUUUGAGAGUGGCGGGGAGUUCGCCUCCGAGCUCGAGGAUGGCGACGACCCAGCAGCCUACGUCACCAACCUGUCCUAUUACCACCUGGUCCCCUUCGAGACGGACAUUCUGGACUGAGUCUCCGCUGGGCGCCCCUGCCCCCCGCUGCCGGCGGCACAGGCCCGGGUUGGGGGCCUUCGGGAAGGAGGCCCGACGCCCAGGUCGCCCGCAGGUGGCAGCCGGUCACCGAGCCUGCUGCUUCUGAGGACUCUCGUCCCUCCCGGUCUCCGCACGCCCUGACCCGCUCCCCACCCGGGUGAGGGAGAGCCCAAGUGCCUCAGGACGUGGGCCUCCGGGGAGGAGCCCUCGCCUGGCGCGUGGCCCACGGCCCCCCCCCGCCCGCCACCGCCUCUCACCACAAGUGCACAAAGCGCGGCCCGUGGGAUGGUGCCGGGUCGCCGAGCCCCGGGGGGCAGGCGGGGGUGUUAGCUAACCCAGGAUGUCCCCGGGACCGGGACGUGUGGCCUGCAUUUCUGUUUUUCAUCUUCUCCCCGGAAGCUGCGGGAUCCAUGUCAGCCCGAGGGGCUCUUCACAGAAGCUUCUCGAGAACCGUGUUGGCUCCGGAGACAGAUGGCCGCGGCCCAUCGGGUGCCCGUGAGCAGGGACUGGGAGGCACUGGUCCUCCUCAGGAGGAAGACUUCCUGCCUGGCCUGCCAGCAAGUCUUCAGCCCUUCAGCCUGGGGGCAGAGCGCUGUCCGAGCUGCUUACCGAGCCCUCAGUGACGUCAUCGCCACGUCGACCUGCAAGGACGGGGUCGUCAGGCGGGCACCGAGCCCCCCUUUGCCCCUGGGGUGCGGGCGCCGCGGGUCUGGGCCUUGUGUGCUUCUCUCCUCACGGUGUCUACUAACGACCAACAUUUGCUAAUGUAAAUAAUAGUAAAUUAUUGAGAAUCCUAAUUCUUUUACACAGUCUGUUUUUUAAUCUAUUUUAAUUAAAUAAAGCAUAUUACUCUACUCGUGGA